GCGGUUUUCUUGCAGUUGGCUUUUUCUGGGCUCGACGGCAGUUAACCUCGAGUCCUCGACCUGUUGUCCGUAGUGGUGGGUCUUUCAGGUUGUUGAGGAAAAAGGAGCACAACACAACAUUCUCCGCCAACGGCUCCCAUCACACUUCGAACACACGUCCUUACCGUACCUUCCAAAAUGGCGUCGAGCAACGGAUACACCAUCGUCGAAGGGCUACCGACACCUCAAGUGUACCAUGACCUGCGAAAGCUUGCCGGCAUGACACCUCCGCCUCUUGAAGCUGUACCAAAAGCGCUGGAAAACUCGUUUGUCGCCAUGCUCGCGUACGAGACCGAGGGCAUGCUGGAUGAAUCGACACCAAGCCCGAAUCAAAUUCCAGUUGCCAUGGGCCGUCUCGUGGGCGACAAGUCGCUCUUCCUCAUGCUCGUUGAUGUUGCAGUGCACCCAGAGCACCAGCGCCGUGGGCUGGGGAAGCGCAUUACGAAAGCCCUCAUCGACUAUGUGGAUGCGCAUGCGCCGCUGGCCUAUGUGAGCCUGGUGGCGGAACCGGCAGCGCAGAAGCUGUAUCCUCAAUAUGGGUUCAAGGAUGUACAGCCUAGCAUUGGAAUGUACAGGAUGAGAAGGGAUCGGAUAGUCGGGGGAGAAGUCAUCAAUGAGGGUCGUUAGCGGAAGGCUUGAGGCUGGUUUUGGUGCUGUUGUUUUUAAGCACCUCCGUACCUCGGGGCUACAAUUUAUUCGGCUCCGCUCAACCCUAACAUGCCUUGCACAAGGGUUAACUAUGAUCAUGAUGACGUCAGUCAACCCUCAACUCUCUUUAUUAAGUUGACAAUGUUGGACAACACCAUCAUGCAAUUACUGUUGUGAAUCGAUACAUUGCAGCAGUUCAUCUCAAACAGAGUCAACAUGGAGUCCAUAACCGGGACAAAAGACAGAGGCACUGAGUCUGAUGUACCUGGGGAGCCGCGCAGCACCAAGAGCACCGUCCUCGAGACUGGCGCAGCAAUGACACAG